GAGUAUUCUCUGAAAUGGAAUGGCCGACUCACAACCGUUUAUUUAUUAUGAAACAAAUAACCGGACCAGCACUAGCGUGUGUCAGUAAAAAUAUUUUGUCGUUCAUUGACGACGUUCGCACAAUUGCACCGAGUUUUCAGUAAAAGGAGUUAUUUAGUUGCUGUUAUUACAAAAAUGAACGGCCACACCAACGGUAUUAAUGCUGUUCAAUCACAAGCCACUUGUUCACGUAAUCCUCACAGAAGGACAUUUGAUAACGACGACGAAUUUCAAGAAACCGAUGGAACUCCUGUAGGAGCCGACGACAAUUCCGUUAGAUACCCAGAUGGCACUGUCCGAUUGCGUAACCCUAACAUUGAACUCAUGGACCAAGAUAUUCUCUACCAUUUGGCCCUUGGGAGCGGCUCCCAUGAUCUUGUUGAGAUGUUUGGAGACGUCAAGUUUGUGUGCAUGGGCGGAACACCGAAACGCAUGGAACAAUUCGCAUACACAAUCAUGGCGGAGAUAGGGCACAAGUUGCCUUGUGGAACUACACUGCAAGACAUCAGUCAUUUUUCUUACAGAUACUCCAUGUAUAAAGUUGGCCCGGUACUUUCUAUAAGUCACGGUAUGGGCAUACCUUCUGUCGGAAUCCUGCUUCACGAAGUCAUAAAGUUGAUGUACCACGCGAAAGUCCGUGAUCCUGUGUUCUUCAGAAUCGGAACAUGUGGUGGUAUAGGCUACGAAGGCGGUACGGUUGUUAUUUCCGAUGAAGCCGUCGAUGGAGCCCUGAGGAAUGUUCUAGAACUGACAGUUUUAGGAAAAAUAGUUCAGCGUCCAGCGAAACUGGAUCGGCGAUUAGUUAGGGAGCUGAAAGCACUGGCCGAUCCCGAAGACCCCUACGACACCGUGACCGGCAAAACAAUGUGCACGUACGAUUUCUAUGAAGGACAAGGUCGUUUAGAUGGUGCCUUUUGUGAUUUCACCGAAACUGAUAAGAUGGAGUACUUAGAGAGCAUCCACAAAGCCGGCGUUGUUAACAUUGAGAUGGAGUCCCUCUCUUUCGCCGCCCUCACUCAUCACGCGGGCAUUAAGGCAGCUGUCGUCUGCGUUACUGUUUUAGACAGAUUGAAGGGUGAUCAGGUUUUAGCUCCUAAAGAAGUUUUGGAUGAGUGGCAACAGCGUCCCACGAAGCUUGUUUGCCGUUACAUUAAAAGGUAUCUUCAGGUGAAGGGAAAAAUCUCUUUAGAUGGUCACGGUUCCAUUGCCGUGAAGAGUCCCCGUCGAUUCAAGCUUGUGCAGCAGGAAUCUGAGACAUAUGAUUAAAACUGUAACACUGUUCAUCGAAUCGUUACGGCCACGAAUACAUUUUAGUCGUUUGCAUAAAAUAUUAUCAAGAUCUUGCCAGAAUAAAAAAUGUAUGUCUUUGUUUCAACAGCAGAAAUGUUAGUACAUGAAAAAGCUGAAAUCUUUGUUACAGUAAUUUUGUGGGGUCCUUAAAAUUUUUAAUAUUUCAAAUGGUCCAUUAAUAUUGGUUCUGGUUCUUGUAUUGCAUAAGCCCGCUGCGCUGCGCUGAAUUAACUUGAAUCAGUGCAAGCUAAGUUUUAUAAAAAAAAAAAAAAUAGUAACUGAGAUGUAUUUGUUGAUGAAUGCUUCCCAAAAAUAUAUCGUAUUGUCUUGAAAAGUCGGUAAUUUAGCGGACUUCCAAGAAUUAUUCGAAACAUUAAAUAAUAAUGUGUUGACCUGAUCUUGAAAUUGUAUCGCAAAUAAAUAUCUCAGUAAAUUGUUUAUAUCUCUACUAUUUAUUUUAUCAUAACGCAAGUAGAUGACGAGCUGUCGAUGCUUGACGAUACGGGCUAUAUUUUGAUGUUCGAGAUUGUUCCAAUGUCUACUUGGUUAAUGAUUGAAUAUAUUUAUUUGGCGUGUUGUAAUUAGUAUAUACCAAAAAACAAGAAGGCCUAUGUAGACCGAAAAUGUCAAAUUUUCAAAUAUCAUUAAAUAUAUUAUGUUUUUUUAUGUUCUACAAAUGCUCUUAUUCUUAACAUCGUAAAUUGUUACAAAACCUUACUCUCCAUUAUUUUAUUUUAUUUGUUUUACUCUUUGAAAACUUGACUGCUAAAUUUCAUAAUCGCAGUACAUAUUUAUUAAAUUUUAUUGUUUAAAUUAGUAAAUUUCUUUUGUUUCCCGAAUCGAAUACAUUACUUAUUAUCAAUCUUAUGAAGUCAUUUUAAUUUGAUUUGUGGUUUAAAGUGAUGAUCUAUUUAAUUUCAAUACAAAAUAUUAUUAAGCAAAUCCUUUUUUUAAAUAAAUAUUUACAUAUGACCACUGUCAUGAAAAAGUUUUAAAUAGAUUUUAAAUUAGUUGAUUGAUCGAUUGGAUAUUGUAUUUAUAGUUAUUUUGCAACUAUUUCAUUUGAAUGUUUUAAAGCAUAGGUACUUUUGCGUCUAGAACUUUUUGUUGACGUCAAUGGCGGAACCAGUACGCACUAAUAAUUUAUUUAUUUUGAUUGACAAGUUAGCACCUAUACUAAUCCCGAUUGUAAAUAUCGUCAGAUAUUUUAAUUUCAGUGUAUUUAUGCUCUUGUUCCUUACAAAUGUUGAUUAGAAAAAAAAUUGCUAUUGAAAAACAAUAAGGAUGGUUAAGAUUUAUAAAUUUUAAACAAGUUUGUGUCUUGUGUGUCAAAAACUGUACGUACAUAUCUGUUUGUUCUCAAGUUUUGAAAUUAUGUAUUUUCUGAAGAUUUGUUGUCGCACAGUUAUUAAAAGUAGAAUGUGUGAAUCGUUGGACAACGUUGUAAUAUUAAGGGCGUGACAUUGAAUUUUGUCUCCAGCGAAGGUAAUUUGUAAAAUGUUAUUAUUAUAUUAACGUAAUUAUCAACUCUCUUAUUCACAAUUAGUUAUUGGAGGUUUCUGAGUCCGUUUAUAAGAAGUCUGUCUGUGAAAGUAUAGAUCACAUUAUGAAUAAAACUUUUUACAGCUUGCUUCUAACAGCCUCAUAAACCUACGAUAAUUCAAUGAAUAACAGUGUUAUUAAUGUACUAAAAGUAUCUUUAAUGCGACUGUUUAAUACGUAUUUAUCAACGAAAUAUUUCGACCAAAUGCAGUAGUUUAAUAUAAAAUUUUGUGUACAUAAUGUAGUGAAUAUUAAUAUUUCCAAAAAAGUAUAAGUAUCCACUAAAAUACUAAAUCGCUGAUGACAAAACUAAUGUUCAUAUUGAUAUCAUUGAUUUGAUGUGCUUCCACACAUGUACUGUAAUGUUGUUAUUUAUAUUGCACGAGUGUUGCUACUUGCUAGAAUAUGGACUUGGCCACAUGUAACUCCACGGCUGUCGUUCCGCGUACUCUGGAAUUAUAUGGCGCGAGCAGCUUCUAACACCGGUCACUCACAUUCGCACGAAUACGCAAACCCGCAAGUGUAGGACCACAUUUGCAAAUGAUUAUGCAAAGUUUUCGCUGCAUUCGUGGUUUUCCAAGCUGUGUCGGUUUUUUAACGGACUUCAAAGCGCGCGAACCCCGAUCCUUCGCGUAGUCCCCCACAUAUUCGUGUGACCAGUUGCGCCCACGAUUGCGAAGGUAACGGACGUUUCGCCAUUUUCAUAGAUCGUGACGUCUACUGUGUAGCGUACCUUCAUCAUGGAUUGGAACAACACCAAGGUGAUGGAGUUCAUUGAACUCCUGCAAAAUGAAUCGACCAUAUGGGACCCUCAAAAGAAAUCCCAUGAAAACAGAAUGACUGUUAAUGACGCCUGGGAAAGAAUUAAAAACUCUUUUUCUCUUCAAUGUUAUAGUGACGAAUUAAAAAAGAGGAGAAAUUCGUGAGACAUUCGUAACCAGGUGUAGGAGGAAGCGCAAACGGGUUCGCAAAUUGAAUACCGAACCCAUUUGCACAGCCGCUAAGUUUGCAAAUGAAUGUUUGACAACCGACAGCCCUUCACAUGCGCGCGAACAUUCGUGCGAAUGUUUGCGCGCAUGUGAGUGGCCGGCAUAAUGCUCGAAUAAUAACUGAAGCGCAUUUGCAUAUUUCCCUUUCCACCAUCCGUAGGCGUUGCCUUAAUUAAUAUUAUUCAAAUGUUGCCAAAACAAUUUGGACUACAAUUACGUACAACAAUCAGUCUGUCACAUGUUACAAUGUCACAAUGUCACACUGACAGCGCUUUUGUACUGAACUUCAAUUUAAGGCGCACGUAAACGACACGUUCGCACAGAUUUGGCGUUUGAGUUUUUAACAUUAGUUUUAUAUAUGGACCUAUGUGAAAUGAAAAUUGAGAUAUAUUGAAAACUUAUGCAGAGGCGGCUUUCUUUGUGGUGCAAGGUGUGCGUUGCACAUUUGCGCAGCAAUGAUAGGGGGCGCCAGCUUUCGUCUUUUUUUUUCCCAAAUCUUUUGUAACUUAAGGGGCUAUUGCAACUGCUCGCCGACCGGUAGGUAAGCUCAUGGGCUGAAAUUAUUGCUAAUACUGGCCCUAGCAAGAGCAGUGCUUGGCUGAAUCUACCACCGAAUCGAAAUUGUGACCCACUGAGAAGAUUUAGCGAGAAACCCAGUGUGUCGUGUCUAUGGGCUAGUUCUCACGUCAAACUCCUCGUCCUAAUCGACGAGUUCAAUGAGGAGGCUUUCAAUGAACCUUUUAACCUUACCUAUUCCAUUUUGACCGCGCGAUUACUAGAAGGCUCUAGGGUAAUUAUGGUACACGGGUACUACAUGAGCUAGAGACGCCUUUGAGCUUAUGGGUAAUGGUUUACUUCCUUUUAUCUAUCAGUUCUAUUCUUUAAAUAUGUAUGCGGUAAAAUACGUCAUUCCUUUGAUUCAAUGGUGACAUUGAACUCAAAAUUCUAGAAAGACAACGACUCAAUCGUAUAUACUCGCCUUGUGACUCAGAUGUAUACGUGACGUUAUCGCAUACUUAAAUUCAUAAUGGCAGGCUUAGCAAAAAAUUGAAAAGGCGUAUCAAAAAUGUAUUGGAUAUUACGAGUAUAUCUAGUUACUUCCAAAGUUGAUGACCGAUCGUAGAUCACAGCUGUCCACUGUAGGCUUACCUAUAUAAAAUCCGGCACUUCUAUGAGUUGCCAAGCUUGGAAUAAUGCUUACCAUAGCUGAUCUGCGCUGGUACUGCUAUUACGUUUGCUGGGUCCUUGACACGCCUCGACUUUGAUACGUUCGGGGCGAUGUUUCAGUCACAAAAUUGUGACUGUUUUUUUUUUUUCGUGAUUCCUAUUGCAUCGUGGUAUACAAGAUAGUGUGCGCUGUCGACGCCGGAGUAUUGUUGUGGCCGAGCUCUAUUUGUCGUCGUUCUGACCUUUACAGUCGGACGACAUUAUUCGAUAUAGUAUAUUAUAAUGUGCAAUGUGUUAUGGUGAAAAUGCGAUCAUUUCAAAGCAGUAAUGAAAACAAUUUUAAAUGAUUCGAAACAAAACUGCUACUGGUUUUACUGGUGGUAGGACGUCUUGUGAGUUCGCACCAGUAGGUACCACUACCCUGCCUAUUUCUGCUGUGAAGCAGUAAUGGCUUUCGGUUUAAAGGGCGGGGUAUACUGAGACCUUAGAACCCAUGUCUCAAGAUGGGUGGGUGCAUUAACGUAGAUGUCUAUGGGCUCCGGUAAUCACUUCACAUCAGGCGGGCCGUGAGCUCGUUGACACAUCACAUCACAUCUUGACGAAUGAUCAAAACGAUAAAGAAUAUUACGCUUCGUGUGGUAUUCGCCAUAACACAUAUUUAAUAUUAUAAAUGAACUAAGUAAGUGUUUAAAUAUUUUGAAAAUGUAUCGCAGUGUUAAAUAAUAAGCGAUUUAGCAUUAAACAAUUGUUUCUCGCUAGAAGAUAUUAAAACUUUGGAAAAAUAAAUGUAAAACGAAA